AUGACAAGUUAUGGCGGUAGUCGGGUGCCGGGCGCAAGGAGGGAGAAGGUGAAGGGCUACCUGAGGGCGGCAAAUGAGCUGAGACAGACAUACCAGGCGCAGAUACAGCAAAGACUGCAGGAGAGCGUCGGCGAUGGCGGGACGUCGAGGGAGUGGCCCGAUGUUGAGAUUGUAAGAAGUGAGAAUGAGGAGAUGCUCCUAUUUCCUAGCUAUGCGAGGAAACAUACGACGCGGAGGAGUCGACACGACGACGCCGCCAGAUAUCCUCCUGGGACGCACGAGUCCGUGGACAUGCCGCAUAGCAGUGGAGACGCAGACUAUUGGAAACGAGAGUGGGAAAAAUAUGAAGACGCGAAUGCCAUCGUCGACGUGGACGUUCGGGGAUGGAUAUAUUCUCCCCAACAAGGGCCACUGAAUAGGAAGAAUCGGCUUCUUGUGGCGGUCGCUAGGAGACUCAGCGGCAUCUACGCUCCCACAUCCAGCCCUGCGACGUCGCGUCCGUCAAGUCAAGCUCCCACCAAUCGCAUUCCACAGGACGACAAUUCAUCCAGGUAUGAGGACGAAGUCGCUGCAAAAGAAGCAGAGAACAUUGCCCGUCGCGGACAGAGAGAAGCGGAUGCGGCGGUAAGAGGGACUUAUAGUUCGACUCCUUCAGGAGGGACUCCUAGCGGUAGUCGAUCGAACUCGCCAACACGGUCCAUUGCAACGUCCGCAGAUUGUGAAAGCGACGAUCCGGGUCAGCGAUCGAUGGUUAAGCGCCAAUCGUGGAAUGAACCAGCGAAUAUGAGCAGAGAAGAGUUGUCGGCGGCGAACGAAUUGCUGUUGGCAAGGCUGAAGCCUUUCAUGUCAAAUCCAACUGCACAUGUACCGAUUACGGUCUUCUUCUUCAAUCAGUCCAAAUCAACUUCGAAGUCCGUUACUACGGAUGAGUCGGGCCACUUCAAUUUGCGAGCUGCCUUGGAUUUUAUCCCUGAUCAAGUCCGGGUCCUGGCAUCGGAUAAGUUGUCUGCGGUGGAAGAUGUUAUCGUUACGGAGAGCAAGGGCGUGAGUCUGGUGAGUGACAUCGACGAUACGAUCAAGCAUUCCGGGAUUAGCAGCGGUGCACGAGAGAUUUUCAAAAAUGCUUUCAUUCGAGAAUUGGGCGAUUUGACCAUCAAAGGUGUCAAGGAGUGGUACUCGAAGCUGGCUGCCAUGGGAGUCAAGCUCCACUAUGUCUCCAAUUCGCCCUGGCAGAUGUAUCCAUUGCUGCGCAGCUAUUUCUCUCUGGCAGGAUUGCCGCCGGGCUCGUUCCAUCUCAAGCAGUACUCCGGAAUGUUGCAGGGGAUAUUCGAGCCUGCGGCAGAACGGAAGCGCGGUUCACUGGAUCGAAUCAUGAAUGACUUUCCGGAACGGAAAUUUAUCCUUGUUGGGGACAGCGGAGAGGCAGAUUUGGAAGUGUAUACUGAUGUCGUGCUUGAACACCCUGGACGAGUAUUAGGAGUCUUCAUCAGAGAUGUCACAACGCCGGUCAAGAAGGGUUUCUUUGAUCAGGCGAUAUCAAACACACCGCCGGAUUCCAUGAUUGCAAGAGAUGGCGGACGACUUAGUCGGUCGCCUGGAGACAUGGACAGAGAUGCUCCUGAGAACAGGCCAGCUUUACCUGAGAGACCCAGGUCGAUGGUGGAUCCGAAGGUUGCAGAGGGAGAUCUCAUUGAUUUCACAGACGACUCGGGAGCGAAACAAGGCUCGCUAAAGCCUCCCACACACUUGAGCGACAUGCGCCAGCUCGACGCAAAUGGCAAACCCCAUGCUCCCAACAAGCCCAAUAAACCCUCGAGCUUACGAAAUUUCUCUACCUCCCAAUCAACGUCGCCCACGAACCAUGAGAGAUCAUCGGCGGCCUCAGAUACAGAGACUCAAGCAGCCGUGAAGAAGAAACCGCCGCCCCCACCUAAACCCCGUCGGAGUGGCCGGACGGCGGACUCCAACAAUGAGCAUGCCAUGAGCGAGCCAGCACCACAGUCUCUUUCGACAGCGCCAUUCUCCUCCCCUCGCCAGAACCAAAGUCAACCUCCAUUCCCCUCUGACCAAGCGAAGCAAACAAGUUCAACCUCGAUUCCACCUACAAUGUCGCGCACGUCCACAUCUGCUAGUUCUUCAUCGCGAAAUGACGACGGCUACGUCGCCGUUGCUCGCCGCCAAAUCUCCUCCGCAUAUAACGCCCUCCCAGCGAUUCGCGCAUCCUCACCUUCGCGCAGCUCGACCACUUCGUCCGAUCAAUCCAGCGACAACCGCCAAAACAAUCCACCACUGCCCGCACGAAGGGCAAUAUCAUCCUACCCAGCGGCCGCCGCGCGAUGGGCCACGGGCUACGGUUACCCUAGCUCGGACCCCCUCGCAACGGCGAGCGAUGGCAGCUCCAUCCCACCAGCCCCCGGUGGCAAUGCACCAUACGAUAAGAAGGUGGAGAUCUGGCGCCGACGGUGGGCGAGGGCCGAGGAGAUCAUGCGUGCGAAGGGGGUGGUGUUGAGGAAGUGGAGGGUUGGUGGGGAUGUCGUGGACGAGUGUGUUGCUUUGGUGAGUCGCGAGCUGGAACGGCAGGAAAGAGGACACGAGCGGGAGAGGCACCACCAGCAUCUCAAUAGGUGA